AUGGCAACAUUCAGACAACAACAGCAACAAGAGCAUUAUGAUUACCGAUGGAUCAAGAACGGCAAGAAAUUCGAUUGGCAAGCUUACGACAAUCGUAUGCUUCAGCAACCCGGUCGUGGUACGCUCGUAAUCACAUCACCCAAAGACGAGGAUAUGGGUCAGUAUCAGUGUUUUGCAGAAAACGAAUUCGGUACGGCCACCUCGAAUUCCGUGUUUGUGCGCAAAGCCGAACUGAAUGCAUUCAAAGAUGAAGUGGCGAAAACAAUUGAAACAAAUGAAGGUGAACCCUUCUCGUUGAGUUGCGAGGCACCUGACGGUUGGCCCAAGCCCAUUGUGAACUGGUUGAUACAGCAUUCUUUGGAUGGCACCAUUAAAUCGAUUAACGAUUCACGCAUGACACUCGAUCCCGAAGGCACACUCUGGUUUUCGAACGUAACACGUGGAGACGCUUCUGAUGAUUUCUUCUAUGCCUGUUCGGCUACCUCGGUAUUCCGUAAUGAAUACAAAAUUGGUAAUAAGGUAUUGUUGGAUGUGAAACAGACCGGCAUUAGCGCCGCACAGAACAAACAACCACCAAAGAGGCAAUAUGUUACGCGUAAGAACGAAGUAGCGUUACGUGGCAAACGCGUAGAGCUAUAUUGUAUUUUUGGUGGAACACCACUGCCGCAAACAGUGUGGUCGAAAAAUGGCGCACCCAUAAAAUGGAGUGAUCGAGUAACACAAGGUCAUUAUGGUAAAUCGUUGGUCAUCAGGCAGGCAAGUUUCGACGACGAAGGCUCCUAUACGUGUGAUGUUUCGAAUGGUGUUGGCAAUGCGCAAUCGUAUUCAAUCAAUCUUAAGAUUUUGGCCACACCCUACUUCACGAAAGAACCAGAGAUCCAGAAUGCCGCCGAAGAUGAAACGGUCGAGUUUGAGUGCGCAGCUGCUGGUAAUCCAGAGCCGACAAUUCAAUGGAUCCACAAUGGCAAACCAAUUGCACAAUCACCACCCAAUCCACGUCGUACUGUCCAGAGUAAUCGCAUUAUCUUGCGCGAUCUCGUUAAAGCCGAUACUGGUAAUUAUGGCUGUAACGCUACCAAUUCGCUUGGUUAUGUCUACAAGGAUGUGUAUCUAAAUGUGUUGGCACUACCGCCAGAGAUCCAGGAAGCGCCACGCAAAGAAGCAACAGUCGACGGCAAAAAUGUGACGUUACGUUGCCGCGUCUUUGGUGCGCCAAAGCCACAAGUGAAAUGGAUACAUAAUCACCAAGAAUUGACCGGCGGACGCUACAACACCUUACCCUCAGGUGAUCUGGAGAUCCAAGAAGUUGCAUUUAGUGAUGAAGGCGACUACACUUGCUUUGCCUCCAACAAGUUCGGCAGUAAAUCCGCAAAUGGAACGUUGACAGUAAUGAAGAGAACGAGUAUAAUACAUGAACCGCAGAAUUACGAGGUGGCUGCUGGCAAAUCGGCGACAUUCCGUUGCAAUGAGGAGCAUGAUGACAAGCUCGAUCUGGAGAUUGAAUGGUGGAAAGAUGGGCAGCCCAUUGAUUUCGAAUCGGAGGCACGUUUCAUGAAGACCAAUGACAAUUCGCUGACCAUACCCAAGACUGUUGAAUUGGAUUCGGGCGAGUAUACAUGCGUAGCACGCACGCAGUUGGACGAAGCUUCGGCCAAGGCUAACCUCAUAGUGCAGGACGUACCGAAUGCGCCGCGAUUGGUUGGCAUCGUUUGUAUGACCAAUAGGAUAAGGGUGACCUGGGAACCGCAAGGUGACAAUCGUUCACCCAUUCUUUACUACACCAUUGAAUUCAAUACUUCCUUUACACCCGACUCUUGGGAUGUCUCAUACGAGAAGGUACCCUCCACUGAAGUCGCAUUCGUUGUUGACUUAACCCCCUGGGCUAAUUACACCUUCCGCGUAAAAGCGUUCAAUAAAAUCGGGCCAUCACCGCCAUCAGAAAACAGUGAAGUGUGCACAACACCGUCAGAUGUGCCCUACAAGCACCCCGAAAAUGUACAAGGCAUGGGUACAGAGCCCAACAAUCUAGUAAUUUCGUGGACGCCAAUGCCAGAAAUUGAUCACAAUGCGCCAGACUUCCAUUACCGCGUAUCUUGGAAACGCGAUAUACCGGCUGCCUCUUGGGAGAGUAGAGAUAUCUAUGAUUGGCAUCAAAACAAUUUGGUAAUCCCAGACCAACCAACCUAUGUACCGUACCUCAUUAAAGUGGUGGCUAUAAACGAGCGAGGCGAGGCAAAUGAGGCGCCUACAGAAGUCAUCGGCUAUUCUGGCGAAGAUCGCCCAUUGGAAGCUCCCACCAACUUCAGCAUGGUUCAAGUUACCGCCGCCACCACGGCUAUGUUACGCUGGAAUCACGUUAGCCCCGAAUCGGUACGUGGACGCUUCAAGGGUUAUAAAAUCCAAACAUGGACUGAGAAGGAAGGUGAGGAAGGUUUGCGUGAGAUACAUGUCGAUGCGAUCUCCGACCAGGCGCUCGUAACACAAUUCAAACCCGACUCGAAGAAUUUCGCGCGUGUGCUCGCUUACAAUGGACGUUUCAAUGGGCCACCCAGUGUUGUCAUUGAUUUUGAUACGCCCGAGGGCGUACCGUCACCGGUACAGUCGUUAGAUGCAUACCCGCUGGGUUCAUCCGCCUUCUGGUUGACUUGGAAGAAACCAUUGCAACCAAAUGGUAAAUUAACCGGCUACAAAAUCUACUAUGAAGAGGUGAAAGGUAGCUAUGUAAGCGAGCGACGUGAACUCGAACCACAUAUUACCGAUCCACUACAGAUGAGCACGAAAAUGGCUGGUUUGCAUGCAAAUACUAAAUACAGAAUUUCGAUAACAGCGACCACGAAAAUGGGCGAGGGAUCUGAACACUUCAUUGAGAAACGCACUUUGCCAGAGGACUCACAGAAGCCGGCGGUACCUGCGUUCGCCUGGGAGCAAUUGCCAUCUGAUAAUGGGCUCGCAAAAUACCGCAUCAACUGGCAUCCCAGCACAGAGGGACAUGCGGGCACACAUUUCUACACUCAAUACAGAAUUAAAGGUCAAUCAGACUUCGAAAAAGUUGAUCCUGAGUUCACCAAAGAUUUCCAGGAGGUCGCCGGUCUUGAUCCAGAUAAUGUUUAUGAAUUCCGCGUGGUUGCAGUCGAUGGGCUGCACGAGACACCCAGUGAAAUAAGAGAAAUCGUUGUUGACGGACCCACUAAGGUGCCCAAUCAAAAUGUGGCGAAUGCUGGCUGGUUCAUCGGUAUGAUGCUGGCGUUGGCUUUCAUCAUUAUACUCUUCAUUAUUAUUUGUAUAAUACGACGCAAUCGCGGUGGCAAAUAUGAUGUGCACGAUCGUGAAUUGGCGAAUGGCCGCCGUGACUAUCCCGACGAAGGUGGAUUCCAUGAAUACUCGCAGCCUUUGGAUAAUAAGAGCGCUGGUCGCCAAUCGGUUAGUUCGGCGAACAAGCCCGGUGUGGAGAGUGACACCGACUCGAUGGCCGAAUAUGGUGAUGGUGAUACAGCUCAAUUCACCGAGGAUGGUUCCUUUAUCGGUCAAUAUGUGCCAGGUAAACUACAGCCGCCCGUUAGUCCACAGCCCAUCAACAAUACGCCAGCAGCGCAUCAGUCGCCAACAGCGCCGCCAGCGCCAACUCAAGCUGCCGCCACCACCUCGAAUACAGCUGCAGUGGCCACAUACGUUUAGGUAGCAGCAGAAACAAAUCUACAAUAACAACAGUAGCAAUAGGAGCAGCAGCAGCAGCAGCAGCAGCCUAACAUACAAACAAACUGAGCCUGAAGUGGGAGUGUGGGGAAAAGCUGCGAAUUGGUGAAUAUGGCAUGGAAGAGGCUAGCCAAGGCGAGGCAAAGUGUAAUUUGUAGCGAUUUCAAUUAGAUUAUAUUGUAAAGAAAAGCGAGCAUUGGAAGCAACAGCGGGAAUAGAGAGAGAAAUUAUUUGAUAAAAAUGUGAAACUUAUCAAAUGUAGAUUUCCCUAAAAUUUGUUGUAAGAAUGGCACUUACGAAUAUUUGACGGUGUUUAGCGAUGCAUAAAUAGGUAAGAGGAAAGCAAAAAUUCGUGGUGUAAAAGGAAAAACAAAAACUUAUAAACGAAAAAGUAAACAUUUAAAUAAAAAAUGUAUUUGAAUUAAAAAAUGCAAAAACUGCUUAUGCAAGAUCGCAAAAAAUUUUUA